CCAAGUUCAGAAGACUUGGUAUCUUGCCCAGGGAGCAGGUCCGGUUAAUGACUGCUAUUUCCACAAGCCCAAAGCACUUUGACGUCAGAGUCUGGGCUGUUUGACUCCAUUAAACUGCUGCUGCCUUUUUUGCCUUUUUCUGCAUCCAGCCUUCAGUUGUUCUCUGCCGACUGAAGGAAUAAUAGGCCCGUAAACUGGACGUCAGCUACUUGGCUUCUUCUGUCCCUCGGGCCCUUGGCCCCUGACGUUGUUCUCCCCAGUGGAUAAAGCAGGGUGCCCGAAUUGCCCAGGACCCCCUGUCUCCGUCCGAGUGUCCUCCACCUUCAGGUGUGUCUGCCAUAAUGCUGCUGAUGCACAGAGCUCUGGCCCCAGGGCUGCGACAAGCCUACAGACUCAAGUUCACUGCCUCACAGCUCUGCAUUCGAGCCUGCUCUACAAAUGACUCAUUUCAGUCCCGGCGUCCCAGCCUGGCUUUCGCUGGUGACAACUCCAGCACCAGGGGAUGGAGAGUGGCAGGGGCCUUGCUAGGCCUCGGGGCGAUGUUGGCCUAUCAUGACCACAGGUGCAAGGCUGCACAGAAGUCACCACGUAUAUACACAAGAGAGGAAGUGAGUUCCCACCGCAGCCCUGAGACUAGAAUCUGGGUGACUCUGGGUAAUGAAGUCUUUGAUGUCACAGAAUUUGUGGAGCUACAUCCUGGGGGGCCAUCAAAGCUGAUGCUGGCAGCCGGGGGGCCGCUAGAGCCCUUUUGGGCCCUCUAUGCUGUUCACAACGAAUCCCAUGUGCGUGAGGUACUGGCUCAGUACAAGAUCGGGGAGCUGAGCCCUGAGGAUAAGGCGCCCCCCACCUUGAAGACCUCCGACCCCUAUGCUAAUGACCCUAAGCGGCACCCAGCCCUGAAGGUUAACAGCCAGCGCCCCUUUAAUGCAGAGCCCCCUCCUGGGCUGUUAACUGACAACUACAUCACACCCAACCCUAUCUUCUUCACCCGGAACCAUCUGCCCGUCCCUAAUCUGGACCCAGCCACCUACCGCCUAAAUGUGGUCGGGCCCUCUGGGCGCUCCCUGUCCCUGUCCCUGGGUGACUUGCGGCGUUUCCCCAAGCAUGAGAUCACAGCCACUGUGCAGUGUGCCGGCAACCGGCGUGCAGAUAUGACGCAGGUCAAAGAAGUAAAAGGCCUUGAGUGGAGAACAGGGGCCAUCAGCACCGCGCGCUGGGCUGGAGCACGGCUCUCUGAUGUGUUAGCCCGGGCUGGCCACCGGCCCUCGGAGUCUGAGGCCCACGUCUGCUUUGAGGGGCUGGACUCAGACCCCACCGGGGCUGCCUAUGGAGCCUCCAUCCCUCUGGCUCGGGCCAUGGACCCUGAAGCGGAGGUCCUGCUGGCGUAUGAGAUGAAUGGACAGCCGCUGCCUCGUGACCAUGGCUUCCCGGUGCGGGUGGUGGUUCCUGGUGUGGUGGGUGCCCGCCAUGUCAAAUGGCUGGGCAAAGUGAGUGUGGAACCACAAGAAAGCUACAGCCACUGGCAGCGGCGGGAUUACAAAGGCUUCUCCCCGUCUGUGGACUGGGACACGGUCGAUUUUGACUCAGCUCCGGCCAUCCAGGAACUUCCUGUCCAGUCGGCCAUCACAGAGCCCCAGGAGGGGGAGACGGUAGAGUCAGGAGAGGUGACUGUCAAGGGCUAUGCGUGGAGUGGUGGUGGGAGGGCUGUGGUCCGGGUGGACGUGUCUCUGGACGGGGGCCUCACUUGGCAGACAGCCGAGUUAGAGGGAGAGGAACAGCGUCCCCGCAAGGCCUGGGCCUGGCGGCUGUGGCAGCUGCAAGCCCCUGUGCCUGCUGGGAAAAAGGAAUUGAACAUUGUUUGCAAGGCUGUCGACGAGAGCUACAAUGUGCAGCCAGACACGGUGGCCCCCAUCUGGAACCUCCGAGGAGUGCUCAGCAACGCCUGGCACCGGGUUCGUGUCCAUGUUGCCCCAUGAGGUAAAAUGGGACCAUUUGCUCCCCAGAACCUGGGCUUGAUUACCGCAGAAAACCCUCUCAUUUCCCCUUCUCAGAUCAGGACACUAUGCCUCCCUGACCCUCACACAGGCACACACACAGCACAUUUGCACCCAGGCACCUGCACUGCUUCCCCCACUAUGUCACACACUCCGAUGGCCGUUAACCCUGUAGUAGGCCGUUAGCUGUCAAGCAAGGGGCUGACAGAAGUACUCCUGGAGACAAGCACCGUUUUCUCUUCCUACCCCACCACCACUUCCAAUGCCUGGAACCGCGAAGGCCUUAUUUCUUUCUUGUAUUCUUCAGAGAAUGUGCGGGGAUGUUUUUAAAAUUGUAUCUGCAACUUGCUGCUCCCUCUCUGGAACUCUGGGGUGGUGAGGGGUGCAGCCCUCUCUCUGUAUAGCUCCAUUUUUCUAAGUACAUCAAUAAAGUAUCUGUUUAAGACUA